UCACAAGAUCGGAAGAGCAGACAGACUGACAUUUUAUAAAAUAUUGUCCUCUGUGUCGUGGUCUCCCCUGGUCUUCAGACACACAACGCAACAUGGAAACAUAGGGCGUAUCGGCAACAGACACGGAUCAGGCCCUCCAAUUAAUGUCCCUGUAAAUGCUCUACCGGUCCAUAAUAUUUUUCUGUGCCGACCCUCAGGGAAUUCUCACCUGAUGCAAUUUCUAUCGAUCUUACGAAAGGACGGACUAAAGUACUGCACCUCAGAGUUGUCUGACCCUCAGUAACCUAAUGACCUACAUGGAAAAGGUCAUCGGACAAUUACAUAUCAACAUAGGUAACGUUACACAUUUUAAUUUAUAUUCAAUAUCCUAUCAAAUAGUAGAUCAAAAGCUAGAAUUAGAGUCAUCUUUAAGUUUUUAUAACAAAUUUAGUAUCCUUACUAUGAGCAAUUUGUUUCGUUUAUGAUUACUAGUAACGUUAUAAGAAAAUUGCGCCCCUAUCAGUUGAAUGGAAUAGAUCAGAGCAUAGCACGCACGGCACGCACGAGCAGAACUGUUUAUCGAAGUCAGUGGGCAUAUUCUUUUAAUCUUUAACAUCAAUUACAUGUUACACAAAGUCUAGAUAUAUUAUGGACAGAAUGAGAUUUUAUGUGGUAAGUUUAUGAACGUGGGAUCACUAUAAAUCUAAGUUAGUAUGGCAGUAGUGGUGGAAAAUGAUUGGGGUUGGUUUCUGAAUCAGAAAGUUGCAAUUGAAAAGUACUGUGAGACAGUGUCAGAUGGAGAUGCGGAGAGAAGCUACAGUUGUAAGGAGGAGCUGUUUGCCAUCACCCAGCCACACAUCACUGCUCACCAUGGAGGAAGCCUCACCCAGCCACACAUCACUGCUCACCCUGGAGAAAGCCUCACCCAGCCACACAUCACUGCUCACCAUGGAGGAAGCCUCACCCAGCCACACAUCCCUGCUCACCAUGGAGGAAGCCUUACCCAGCCACACAUCCCUGCUCACCACGGAGGAAACCUCACACAGCCACACAUCACUGCUCACCAUGGAGGAAGCCUCACCCAGCCACACAUCACUGCUCACCAUGGAGGAAACCUCACCCAGCCACACAUCACUGCUCACCAUGGAGGAAGCCUCACCCAGCCACACAUCCCUGCUCACCACGGAGGAAACCUCACACAGCCACACAUCACUGCUCACCAUGGAGGAAGCCUCACACAGCCACACAUCACUGCUCACCAUGGAGGAAGCCUCACCCAGCCACACAUCACUUCUCACCCUGGAGAAAGCCUCACCCAGCCACACAUCACUGCUCACCAUGGAGGAAACCUCACCCAGCCACACAUCAGUGCUCACCAGGGAGGAAGCCUCACCCAGCCACACAUCACUGCUCACCCUGGAGAAAGCCAUGCUGACCAUGUACAGACAGGCCUGGAGGCGGUUGCCAUGGGAACGAAUGCUAGUGCCAAUGGUUACCAGGACAGGAAAAGCAGGAAAAGAAAAAGAAAGAGAACAAGUGACUUGAAUACAGGAGAGGCGGCUGCUAUGGAAUAUCACAUUCAGAUCAGAACAAAGUUGGUACAGGCCCAUACAGCAAUUCUGUUGACUGGGAGAGCCAGUGGACUGUUUCAAGACAUCCCUUCUGAUGUUGGUCCUGUUGGAAAGCCAUUCCAGGACUGGGGGCCUGGAAACUGCCUGGCAGAUCUCUGUGAUUUGGCCAGAAUAACAGGCGAUGAGAAACCACUUUACAUAUCACAGGGAACACCUUUAGAAGAGUCCAGAGAUAUUUUCAACCGACUCGUACUCAUCGAUUCCAACCAGCCAAUCAUCAAAUGCCUCCUGGGGAGCCGGUACCUGCUUCCUCCCAGGUCCUCAUUUCUUAUGUCUGACAUUACCAGGAUGGAGCCCCUUCUACAGGGAGGACUGAAGUAUCACCUCAUUGUAAUGGACCCACCCUGGGAGAACAAGUCUGUGAAGAGAGGCAGAAAGUAUGAAUCUCUGUCACCAUGGCAACUGUUCCAGCUACCAAUCCCGUCCCUUGCUGCUCCCGGCUGCUUGGUUGUAACGUGGGUAACCAAUCGACAGCAGCAUAUGAGAUUUGUGAGAGAAAGACUUUAUCCUCAUUGGUCAGUGGAGCCAGUUGCGGAAUGGCAUUGGUUGAAGGUCACCAGAACAGGUGAGCCUGUAUUCCCCAUGGACUCUCCUCACAAGAAGCCUUAUGAGACAAUCAUACUGGGCAGGUUUCAGGACCAAUCAGACGGUCAUACGGAGACAAGUUCAUCUCCACUCAGUGAUGUACCCAGACACAAGGUCAUCUGCAGCGUGCCCUGUGCCAUACAUUCCAGAAAACCUACACUGGAUGAAGUCUUGCAGAAGUACCUGCCGCCCUCACCCAUCUGCUUGGAGCUGUUUGCCAGGUGCCUACAGCCCAGGUGGACCAGCUGGGGCAAUGAGCCACUCAAGGAACCUGAGGAACAAUGGUUGCUGAGACUUAGUAAUGAUGGACGGGACUGUAUUCAUUUUAAGGUGUCCUGUGACUGGAGCUGGUUUCCUAUCCAAGGUCAUCAAAUUCCAGCACUUAGACUUCUUCAAUGAAAACAGGCCUGAGUGUCUGCAGUAAGACUCCAUCAGCAGUCAGACUUCUUCAAUGAAACAGGCCUGAGUGUCUGCAGUAAUAGUCGAUCAGCAGUCAGACUUCUUCAAUGAAAACAGGCCUGAGUGUCUGCAGUAAGACUCCAUCAGCAGUCAGACUUCUUCAAUGAAAACAGGCCUGAGUGUCUGUAGUAAGACUCCAUCAGCAGUCAGACUUCUUCAAUGAAAACAGGCCUGAGUGUCUGCAGUAAGACUCCAUCAGCAGUCAGACUUCUUCAAUGAAAACAGGCCUGAGUGUCUGCAGUAAGACUCCAUCAGCAGUCAGACUUCUUCAAUGAAAACAGGCCUGAGUGUCUGCAGUAAGACUCCAUCAGCAGUCAGACUUCUUCAAUGAAAACAGGCCUGAGUGUCUGCAGUAAGACUCCAUCAGCAGUCAGACUUCUUCAAUGAAAACAGGCCUGAGUGUCUGCAGUAAGACUCCAUCAGCAGUCAGACUUCUUCAAUGAAAACAGGCCUGAGUGUCUGCAGUAAGACUCCAUCAGCAGUCAGACUUCUUCAAUGAAAACAGGCCUGAGUGUCUGCAGUAAGACUCCAUCAGCAGUCAGACUUCUUCAAUGAAAACAGGCCUGAGUGUCUGCAGUAAGACUCCAUCAGCAGUCAGACUUCUUCAAUGAAAACAGGCCUGAGUGUCUGCAGUAAGACUCCAUCAGCAGUCAGACUUCUUCAAUGAAAACAGGCCUGAGUGUCUGCAGUUAUACUCCAUCAGCAGUCAGACUUCUUCAAUGAAAACAGGCCUGAGUGUCUGCAGUAAGACUCCAUCAGCAGUCAGACUUCUUCAAUGAAAACAGGCCUGAGUGUCUGCAGUAAGACUCCAUCAGCAGUCAGACUUCUUCAAUGAAAACAGGCCUGAGUGUCUGCAGUAAGACUCCAUCAGCAGUCAGACUUCUUCAAUGAAAACAGGCCUGAGUGUCUGCAGUAAGACUCCAUCAGCAGUCAGACUUCUUCAAUGAAAACAGGCCUGAGUGUCUGCAGUAAGACUCCAUCAGCAGUCAGACUUCUUCAAUGAAAACAGGGAUAGAAUAGGGGUUAACUUUUUAUUUGUUCAAUAUGGCAUUUUUUUGUUCAAUAUGGCAAUUGACAGGAUGGGUCCAUUAGCAUCACUGUCAAAUGUUGAACUAUGCUUCAUGUGAUGUAGGGGCUGAGUAGGGCUGCAGUCAACUCUGCAUCAUUAUUUGACAGGACAUACAUUGUAAUAAAGUUUGUUAUUACGUUCAUAUGUGCCUGAAUUGCCUUGAAAGUAAUAUCAUAGUUCGACCUUGCCUUAAAGGACCUGUACUUUUAGGAGCUGGUUUCCUUCACAUCUUUUAAUAUGUCAUUGUUCUUUAGACAGUUAUCUGUGCCCCAAAGGAGGGCUGUUGACACUGGAAUGAUCAUGAAAAUAAAUAAAUAAUUUUUAUCUUCACCGUA